CAUAUAUUCAAUAAUAUUGAUAUAACCUGUGGGUUAUUCAGAUUUUUACAAUUGUCAUUGAAUGGUAGCUGUUUGGGGUAUACAAAGAUGCGGGGUUUACACAUUUUUUUAUAUUCAUAACCAUAGCAUAAUGGAAACUAUGGACAUAGUGGUGGGUCUUUAUACCUCAUAUAGUUAGCUGAGUGGUUGUGAAAUGUACAUUAGAAAGCUUUUAUGAACAUCUCAUUCUAAACCUCAAGAAAACAAAUAGGGCAGAUUGUCACAGAUAUAUAUAUAUAUAUAUGAUAGUCAUGCUUUGCACUCUUGGGGUAUAUAAGGAUGCUGGUUGUAUUAGUUUUUACUUACUUUGUAAUUUAUUUGGGGUAUACUCGUGUGCAGGUUAUGUGCUCAUCCAGGGUUUGUGUUUUAACUGUCUAGAUCUAAGAAUUGGCUUGCUGCCUGGUUGUGCGGUUUGCCCGCUGGACUGUCGUUUGGAUUUAUCGAUGGUCCUGGGUUCAAACCCUGCCUACUCCCAUUCCCCAUUUAGUUUGGACUAGGACUUCAACUCUGAAGGAACAUUUGAAACUUGUAAAACAUUUUACAAAACAAACAAUUGUCUAGGUAAAAGAAACUGAGGGUCUGGACUGGUCUAUCCUUCAGACUAUUUGAGAACAGUAUAGGGUUAAGACCAGUCAACAAAUAAAAUAGGACAGACACUAAAAUCUCAGAAUUAAACCAGAUUUGUUUCUAAAAAACUAAAUCCAGUCUACUGUAAGAAGAUCAAUUUAAAGGCAAAACUUCAACAUUCAUUAAGUCAACAUUUUCAUUUCAGCUAGAACACAGCCAUUUUAAAUUAAUCAUGUAGAGCAAUCAAACAAACUCACAAAAAUGCUUGUCAACCGUAAGACAAGCUUCAAAGAUGGGAUGUUAAUGGCCGACUAUGGCCCAGAUGAAAACCUUAAUGACAAUGCUGAUAUUGAAUGGGUCAAUAAAAGCUGGUGUCCACAAGGCGUAUCAUGUGCAGGUCUACAAAAACUGAAAUUAAGCAGUCCAAAAGUGCGACUUGUUCUCAGACUGUGUGCAUUUGUAAGCAUGAUCUCAGUGAGUGCCAAUACUCCAGAGACAUUUAAAGAGUACCCGAUGCUUAUGACUAUCACACUAAUCCUUGACCUGGUGAUCAUGAUGUUGUUCACAGCAGAGCUAGUUGCCAAGAUGCGCAUCAGGGGUGUCUUUAAGGGUGAAGCUCCUUAUAUGAAGGACAGAUGGUGUAGAUUUGAUGGUAUAAUGGUUAUAUGUUUGUGGGGAUCUGUAAUUUUGCAGAUUUAUGAAAUAGCAGCUCAUCCCGGACCAGAAUCUCUUGCAAAUAACUUCAGAAUCAUUAGAGCACCCAGACCUUUGAUACUUGUCAGAGUGUUCAGAAAUUUUUUGAAAUUUCAGCUCCCAAAGAACAGAAUCAACUCAAUCUUCAAGCGCUCAAGUCAGCAGAUCUAUAAUGUCACCAUUUUCUUCCUUUUCUUCAUGUCAUUGUAUGGGUUUCUUGGUGUCCAGUUUUUUGGUAAAAUGAAGCACAAAUGUGUCAGGAACGGAACAGAUCCAAGUAAUGUCACGCUGUUUGACCUGGCUGUACCAGACACCUUUUGUUCACCAGACCCAGAUGCUGGCUAUCAAUGCCAGAAUGAUAUGGUGUGUAUGGAGUUAGCUAUGUCCCCAGCAGUCAUGGGCUUCAAUGGUUUUGAUCAUUUACCCCUGAGUGUGUUCACAGUGUAUCAAGCAGCCUCUCAAGAAGGCUGGGUUUUCCUCAUGUACAACUCCAUUGACAGCCUCCAGAGCUACAAAGCCUACUUAUAUUUUCUAUCACUGAUUUUUUUCCUUGCAUGGCUAGUAAAAAAUGUUUUCAUUGCUGUCAUUAUUGAAACUUUUGCUGAAAUUCGUGUGCAGUUUCAGCAGAUGUGGGGCUCACGUGGAGGAACAGCAGAAUCAGAUGCCAGUCAGGUUAUUCAAAAUGAUGGUGGCUCAUGGAAACUGGUGAUGGUGGAUGAAAAUAAAACCCAUGGCCUGGCUCCUCCAAUAUUUCAGCAAGUCCUGAGGUCUAAUUUUUUCCACACAUUCAUCCUUCUUCUUGUUCUCAUUGAUGCUGUUAUAGCUGCCAGUCUGAGCUUUGAUCACCACAAGAAAAAUCCAAAUGAAAAAUUUGAUAUCUUUUACUAUUCAGAGGUUGUUCUGACUAUUCUAUUUGCACUGGAAGCUGUGUUCAAAAUCUGGUGUCUAGGAUUACAUGGUUACUUGAAGCGGUCUCUGCACAAGUUUGAGCUGGUCCUUGUCUUUGGAACGACCUUGCAUAUCAUUCCUGAACUGUACCGCUCAUUAAUGACUUCCUUUCAGGUUGUAAGACUCUUUAGGCUGAUAAAAGCAUCACCAAUACUUGAAGGUUUCUGUUUCAAAAUAUUUGGUCCACCCAAAAAGCUUGGCAGCUUGAUAUUGUUCACAAUGUGCUUACUGAUCAUUGCUUCAAGCAUAAGUCUUCAAUUGUUCUGUUUUAUUCCAGGCUUUAAAAAGUUUCAGACUUUUAAAGAGGCUUUUCUGUCCAUGUUUCAAAUCAUGUGCUCUGAGGGAUGGACUGAUGUUUCCUUAGACCUAAUGAAUAGUCUCACAGACUGCUUAACUCAGGCCCUUGUGGCUAUUUAUUUUAUGGUCUUCCAUUUGUUUGUCAAUGUGGCUUUCAUGUCCAUGUUUCAAAUUCUAACCCAGAAAGGGUGGAUUGAAGUUAUGCAUGUUACUAUGUACAAUACAGGGGAAAAAGUGGCUCCCUUUGUGGCCAUUUAUUUCAUUUUCUACCAUUUAUUUGUCACCUUGAUUGUCAUCAGCUUGUUUGUGGCAGUCAUUCUGGAUAACCUUGAGUUGGAUGAAGAUAUUAAAAAGUUGAAACAACUGAAAUUAAGAGAGCAAAGUCUAGAAACUCAAGAAAUGCUGCCCUUGAGACUUAGAAUAUUCUCCAAGUUUCCUGAUCAUCCUCAAAUGGUGCGAUUGUACAAGAUGCCUGGAGAAUUUCAAAUUUCUGACAUUCGUGAGAGCUUCAUCAGACAGUUCACCAGUCCAGAGGGUAGCCUAAGCCUGGUGGUGGAUUCACAGGAUCAGCCAGAGAAUAUUUUGCCUGAGCUUAAGUCCUCCCAUAUUAAACUCAUAAAAUCUCCAAUGCUGGAAACUCGAAGUGGUGGAACAGUUGAGAAAAAGUCAGCAAUAGUCGGCAUUAUACGAGAUGCAAAUCAGCAGAAGAUAAUCAGUGGUGGUUCUGCACAGCUAGUCCCUGUUGGUGGAAGAACUAUGUCCAUUUUAGCCCAUCAACAUCAGAUUCGCAUGGAGAGAAGUCGUAGCACCAGAGGAGGAUCUCGUCCAACUAGUCUGAAGUUAAAAGCACACCCUGCCAUGAAAGAAAAUGGGGAUAUUAAUCCACAUGCCACAUUGAUGGGAGUACGGCGUAUGGAUGACCUUGACAUUAAAGAUAUUCAGCAGAAAAAGCAGCAGGCUGAACAAAAGAGAAAUCAGCAAGAAGUAGACUUGAGAGAAAACCAUCCCUACUUUGAUACUCCACUCUUUCUGAUUGGACGAGAAAGUAAGGUGCGGAAAAUUUGUGAAAUGAUAGUCAAUGCCAAGUAUGAUUACGUCUUGCGAGAUCCUGACACUGGGAAAAAAAUCAAGUCUAACUAUAAGCAGCUUCAUAAACUGUUGGGCCUGGUGACCUACUUAGAUUGGGUGAUGAUCAUUGUCACUAUACUCUCCUGCAUAUCAAUGUGUUUUGAAACACCAAAAAAGAGAAUCAUGGAAAAUCCUGAGUUACAAGUUGCAGAGUAUGUUUUUGUUGUGUUCAUGAGUGUAGAAAUGGGUUUGAAAAUCAUCUCUAAUGGUCUGCUCUUUACACCUAAUGCUGUUGUCAAUGAUUUUAGAGGCAUACUUGAUUUAUUUAUAUAUGGGGUCAGCAUAGUGUUUGUGUUCUGGAUGCCUAAGAACAUAGAGCCCCAUUCAAAGGAACACAUUCUUAUGCUACUGAGGUGCUGCCGACCACUCAGAAUCUACAGCCUUGUUCCUCACAUGAGGAGAGUUGUCUAUGAGCUGGUGAGAGGGUUCAAAGAAAUUGUUUUGGUCUCAGUUUUACUUAUUGUUCUUAUGUUUGUAUUUGCCAUCUGUGGGGUCCAUAUACUGGGAGGCAGGCUUGCUAAAUGUAAUGAUCCAAACAUAACUACCAAGGAGGAUUGUCAUGGUAUAUACCUGGUAGAGGUGCUGGUGACCAAAAUGGCACUAAGUCCUGAACCUGGCAAUGUACCUGCCAUGUAUGUACCUCGAGCCUGGAUUAAUCCCCGUAAUUUUAACUUUGACAAUAUUGGAAAUGCUAUGCUGGCUUUAUUUGAAGUGUUGUCUUUAGAAGGAUGGUUAGAAGUUCGUGAUGUCAUCAGCUCAAGAGUUGGCAUAGCUGAAGCCAUUUAUAUUCAUUUUUUUGUUUUUAUUGGCUACAUGAUUGGUCUAACUCUCUUUGUUGGUGUAGUCAUUGCAAACUAUGGCGAAAAUAAGGGCACUGCACUGUUGACUGUGGACCAGAGAAGAUGGCUGGACUUGAAAGGCAGAAUAAAACUUGCUCAGCCAUUACACAUACCUCCAAGACCAGAAAGAAAUAUGUUCCGAACUUUGGUGUAUGACAUCACUCAGCAUCUAUACUUCAAGAGAUUCAUUGUGUUCCUUGUAAUAGCCAACUGUUUGAUGCUUUCUGUUCCUUGGAAAGAUGAUGCUAACAAGUCCACCAUGUACAUUCUUGCUGGCUUCUCCACUGCUUUCACUUUGCUCUUCUUUUUAGAGGUGAUAAUGAAAAUGAUAGCCCUGUCUCCUGCUGGCUACUGGACCAGCAGAAGAAAUAGGUUUGAUAUGUUUGUCACACUACUUGGAGUCAUAUGGAUUAUAUUACACUACAGUUCAUCACAGUCAGAGCACAUUAACUCGCUGGGCUACAUCGUUAUUGUUCUAAGAUUUUUUACUGUCACUGGCAAACAUGCAACCUUGAAGAUGUUGAUGCAGACUGUGGUCAUGUCAUUGUUUAAAGCUUUGUUUAUCAUCAUGGGCAUGUUUUUACUGAUGUUGUUUUAUGCCUAUGCUGGUGUCAUCCUGUUUGGCAGUGUCAAAUAUGGAUACAACCUUGGAAGACAAGCCAACUUUGAGACAGCUUUCAAUGCAAUACUUUUGCUGUUUAGGAUAGUGACUGGUGAAGACUGGAACAAAAUCAUGCAUGAUUGUAUGGUGAGCACCCCAUUCUGUUCAAAGGGAGGAAAUUUCUGGCAAACAGACUGCGGAAAUUAUUUUGCUUCUAUAGUUUAUUUCUGUUCUUUCUAUGUCAUCAUCACCUACAUUGUUCUCAAUCUUCUAGUUGCCAUCAUCAUGGAAAACUUCUCCUUGUUUUAUUCUAAUGAAGAAGAUGCUCUCUUGAGUUACAAUGAUAUCAGACAGUUUCAGAAUACUUGGAAUUUAGUUGAUAUCAACAGAAAAGGCAUGAUCCCUGCAAGAAGAGUGCGUUUCCUUCUGCGACUCCUUCGAGGAAGAUUAGAAGUAGACCUUGAAAGGGACAGGCUCUUGUUCAAACAUAUGUGUUACGAGAUAGAAAAACUGCAUCAGGGAGGGGAAGUCACUUUCCAUGAUGUUCUCAGCAUGCUGUCCUAUCGUUCUGUAGACAUCCGUAAAUCUCUGCAGCUAGAAGAGUCUCUGGCUAGGGAGGAGCUGGAGUUCACCAUAGAGGAGGAAGUCGCAAAACAAACUAUCAAAAAUUGGUUGGACAAAUGCCUGAAGAGAAUCAGAGCUAGGGAGCAUUCCAACAUUAUUUCCAAUCUAAGGGCUACAAAUGAACCAAUGUUUACUGUAACGGAGUUGUCUCUCAUGAACCCUGACAACAAAGAGGAGAACAAAGAGGAUGGUCAGGCACCACCACGUACUCGUAAGAAAGGCCAUGUGGAGCUUCGUACUCCUGUCAUUCAGCCUCCUAGUUUGUCACAGGCUGGUUCGAGCAGAAAGUUUUUAACACCUCCGUUAAAUGAAGGAGGGACUAGGUCAGAGAAAGAUAGAACAAGUCUAAGAAGGCGCAGUUGUAAAGCUUCCAAUUCUUCCAAUAAACAGCUUCCUUUAGUGAAUGAAAACAACUCAGAUUCAGGUACUACAACCUUUAUUCCAAAUCUGACGACAGACUCCUCGUUGGUGGGCAAAAAUGUCUCCUCUGAUAUAUCCUCCUGGUGGAAAGAACAGAGUACCUACACAAACCUUGAAGAGGGUGUCAUUUUGGAAAACAUUUAAAAUUGUAAAAUAUUACAAAUAAAUAUCACUGGCUUUUUGUUUUGAAAGUACUCCGAUUACAACAUGCCUAAUGGUAUAUGUAUGAGAUGUCCUGACAGGGAUAGUUUGGAAAAUCUCUACAAGGGAAUUGUGUGUUAUACAUGAAGUUUCUUUUUUAUGUUUUUUUUUAUAUACUGAGUUUUUUGUUGAUUUAUUUUUGUUCUGGACCACCUAGAUGUUCGCAAUUAUUGUUCUGUUCAGAAAUAUAGUUAAUAAUAGCCAUAAAUUUACUCAUUUUCACAAGAGUUGUGCCGGUCACAACAAAUGUUGAGCUUCGACUUUAUUUUUCACCCUGUCAGUUGGAUAGAUCUUUAAACAGAAUAUUUAUUGAAGAAUUUUGACUUUUUCAUACAAAUUUGAAAUUAGUAAAAAAAAAAACAAAACAUUGUGAUUGUUCUAUUACAUAUCUAUGUGUUAAUACAUUUUUAAUAAAACACAAAUAUAAAAAUUGUAAAAUAAUAUAUUGUUAAUUUACAUGUGGAUAAAAAAGCUGGUGCCAAAACAAAGGUUAGCAUUUAACAUAAUUUCUAUUGCUCCUUUUUUUUUCAUUAGAUUAUUGGAAUGUUACAGGUGAAAACAUUUUUUUAAUUAAUGUCUUUGUUCAUUUUAUUGUUCUAAUUUGUAAUUGGGAUGACUGGAAUUUAUUUUUAUUUCAAGAAAGGAAUCUUGUUUUUGAGCAUCUUACUGCUAUUGUAAAUUUAAAAGGUAUAUUGAACUAUUUUGUUUAUGUGUUCAUUACUGCAAUUUGAAUGAAUAAGUAUUUCAUUGUAAAAUGUGAUAUGUAUAUACAUUGUUCUAAUAGUUUACUUACUGAAUCUAUUUUGAUAGCAUUCUAGUUACGAAACUGUUAAGUAACAUACCUAUAUUGGUUGGUUUUAGUUUUUUUCCUUUUAUAUACCUUAUUGUUUUAAACUCUGUUACUGAUUGAUUUAUUCAAGCUUAACAGUAUUUCUAAAAAUCUGUAUAGCAUGAGUGUGUCUGUGUGUAUGUACGAUGCCACCAACUGUAAAAGAUGUGUGUAGAAAGGUCAAUGUAAAUAAUGUUAGUAUAUAUUUAACUAGUUACUAAUGUAAAUCUCAUAAGUAAAGUGCAAUCUGCCUUGUAUACUGGUCGGAUGUAUGUGUUCAUGAAUUUCAGACCAACAACCUGGUCAGAUAUACCUAGUGAGCCUAAACAUGUAGUCCUAGUGUAGUGUGUAUAGUUGUUUGUGUUAACCAUCAAGCAUUGUUUUUUCCUUGAGCAGACGCACACUAUAGAGUUGGGUGUCAGUCAAAAAAGAUAACACAUUGACAUGGUCAGUCAAGCAUAUAGAUAAAUUAUACCCGUCCACUAGUUAGAGGUCAAGGGUUGUUUUUUUGUUUUUUUUUUACGCUCCAGCAUAUUGUUUCUUUAUUUGCUAGAUCUAACGGCGGUACUAUUAUUCAAUUUAUUUUAUGCGAUUUUAAAGUUACUGUAAGGUUUUCCGUUAUUUAUUAAGUCAAAAGAAUUAAACAAUGAAAUUAGCUUUCUUUCGAAAGAUUUUAAUACAAGGCAAAAAAAUACACACACGCAAAUAUGCACAUCUUUGUUUUAUUUUAUUGUGCAAAGAACGUACGUAAGAAAUAUUAAAUGCAAAGAAAGUAUGUUACAAACAUCUUCCUUAAUUAUUACUUAUUAAUUAUUUUAUUCGUGGUUUCAGUAACUGUUACAAAAGGGAACGAUAGUAAGCCUAUGGAUGUCAGGUGUGUAAAAGUCGUCCUAGCCUGAUACACAGUGGCUAAGUACGCAUCUUAAGUAAAAAAAAUGUGUAAUAACAAGGAGUUAAUUGACUGUCACAAAUUUUUAAGAAUAUUAUUAUCAAAUCAAGACACAUUUUUGCAGGAAUAAUAUUCAAGUUAACACGUUAGAAAAAUUAUUUCACCGUAAUAUUUAUUAACAGUGUAAUAUCCUUUGUUAGCACGUUGUGUUUUUUCAUUCUGGCUUAAAAAUGGUCAAUGUCUAUCAAUAAAUUGGGUGUCAAGGACCAAAGAAAUAAAAUAAUGAGUAGGGGGUGUUUAGCUCGUGUCUUCUACAAAAUAAUUAGUUACUGGCUUACUGGGCUAUAUAAUCUUGCGGUUUGUGUUAUGUGUAACUAAAGAUCACUCGUUUAGGUGCAGGUGAUCUUUAGUCCAGCUUACUAAUUGAGAUUUAUGUUCAAGUAACUCGGCACACUAAGUAAACAAACAUAGUUCCUCGUGUGACCUCUAGAGAGUGCUUACGUC